AUGAUAAAAGAAGAAUACGGACCUCAGUUUCACCAUCGACCUCGUAGCAACGGAGACCCCGCGCGACCACCAGUAUACACGACCCCCGACCCGACCCGACCCGACCCGUAUACCGUUCCGAUUCCUCCGUCGCCGCCGCCUCACACACACUCACACUCGCACGAGCGCGUCAUCGUAAAACUUUUACCCGAGAGGAACGUCGAAAAAAAAAACAAUCCUGAAAAGAAGGGUUUUGGGGGUGCCUACGGGAGGGUAAAAAGCUCUUUAACAGCGUGUACCCACCGUAGUCAUUGUUGUACGCAUUGUGGCGUGUAUUAG